AAUAAUAGAAAAGUGAUACGCACAAACAAAGCCUGCUCUCAGAAUAUAAAAGUGUUAAGAUUAUUCAUAAUACAGAUUUAUUAAAUCUCUGAUACAGCAGAAUUGCUUCAGUUUCACUAAAAAUAGCCAAUCCAAAGCGAGCAUUCUGAUUGAUAAUCAAAGGGACCAAUGGUCACGAGCCAAGCCUCACGUUGGACCAAUGAGAAGGAAGCUGACGGUGCAGGGGGCUGGGCUUCGCUCUGCCAUGGCCGCCGCCUGCCGCAGCAGCUCUCAUUGCGGGGAGUCCAACUCAGCGUUCAGAUUCAUCUCCAGAGGGAAGACAAUGCCUUUUAAAUCACACGGGACUCUCGCGUUGCUCCUUCUUCUUACUUUAAGCCUGUGUUUCGCCGACGAUGACCACGAGAUGGAGGAGUUUCUGAAGCGGGAGUACUCCCUCUCCAAGCCGUACCAAGGUGUGGGAUCCGCAAGCUCCUCCCACUGGGAGCUGAUGGGGGAUGCCAUGGUAACCACCGAGCAGGUGCGCCUCACACCUGACAUGCAGAGCAGGCAGGGGGCGGUAUGGAGCCGCAUGCCGUGCCAUCUGAAGGACUGGGAAAUGCAGGUGCACUUUAAGAUUCACGGGAAAGGAAAGAAGAACCUGAACGGUGACGGGCUGGCCAUUUGGUACACAAAGGAACGCAUGCAGAAAGGUCCUGUGUUUGGAAAUAUGGACAACUUCACUGGCUUGGGUGUGUUCGUGGACACGUAUCCUAACGAAGAGAAGCAGUUGGCGGCACAGAAGAAGAGAUACACUCCUCGCACACAGAGGAUCUUCCCCUUCGUCCUGGCCAUGGUGGGCAACGGCAGCAUCAGCUACGACCACGAGCGGGACGGCCGGCCCACGGAGCUGGGCGGCUGCAACGCCAUGGUGCGCAACCUCAAACACGACACCUUCCUCUUCAUCCGAUACAUCCGCCGCAGGCUGACGGUGAUGAUAGAUAUCGACGGGCAGCACGAGUGGAGGGACUGCCUGGACAUACCCGGGGUGCGGCUGCCCGAAGGCUUUUAUUUUGGAGCUACAUCCAUCACUGGAGAUCUCUCAGAUAACCAUGAUAUAAUUUCCCUGAAACUCUACCAACUGACGGUGUUGCGGAGUAAAAAGGAAGAGGAAGAGGAGGAAGAAGACAAAAUCACCAUCCCCAGUGUUGAUAACAUACACCUACUUAGAUUGGAUCAGGUUGAAGAGAAGAUGAGUGGACUAGCGAUUUUCUUCACAGUGCUCUUCUCCAUGCUGGGCUGCAUCUUCCUCAUCGUCAUCGGCCUGGUGGUGUACAGCCACUGGAACGAGAACCGUCGCAAGCGCUUCUACUGAGCGAGGGUGACGACGACAACGAGGAUGUGACUCUGACUGUGGUAGCCUCUGUCCUGCCGUCCACGGACCCCGACUGCACAAAAGUGAGCCGCUGCUUGCGGCCAGCAGGGCGCAGUAGCUCGUUGUAAUCCUGACAGAAGAUAGAGUCGAUGUGUCUCCUGCUGCAAAAAAGCCACUGUCCAACUUUCGCCACUGGUCCUCAUGAAGCAGGAGGAGGACUUCAUUUUAAAACAGUCACCAACACCAACUCAGCCUUAACAUCUACAACACAGCAGACGUGCAGUUCUGUAUGUCGCAUGACUUCUUGUGAGCAGCUACUUAUUUAUAUUUUUGUUACCCUUUACCACAUUUUCUGAAAAAUUUAAAAAAAAAACAAUUUAACACAUUUUUAGCUCACUGAUAUGGAUUCUCUUGGGGAUUUGAGAAUUAUGAAUAUUUAGGUACGCAAUGUGCUCCUAGGGUGACCAGAUGAGAACGGGUGAGACUGGACUGUCAAAACUCAACUUUAAAAACAAAAUGUAUUCAAGAAUUCACAAUGCAACAGUAAUCCAUUGAUAUUUACCUCCCCAUUCCUCCCAGUACCUGCAUCAGCCUGGCCGGAGCAGGUCCCGGGUGUGUCUUGAAUUUUUCGAGACAUCUGGUCAUCCUAUGUGCUCCCACUCAAGAUUCUGCAGUAUGACCUCAAGUGCUAACCAAACAAUACUGACAUCUUUACUGUUGCUCCGGACUAAAUAAAGAUGCAUCUGUACUCUGUCAACACUGUUCUCUAUCGUUUUUACUGUGUUAUAUUUAAUAUACUGUAUAUUCCUACCUUGUAGUUGCUGUUGUAUGCAUGACAUUCAUUAAGGUUUUUUUUAGUUUUUUUAUGAAUUGGCCAGGCUACCAUCCCCUUUGUUUACACUAUGCUUGACCUUUAGUGUGUGUUUGUGUACAGCAGAUGAAAAAUUGAUGCAUCUGCUAAUGGCAGAGAUUAGAGUGUGUCAGGGAAACAUUUAACCUCAAUUAUAUGGCACUUUUAUUUUUCACCAAUAUUGCUUUUAACAAGUGUUUAUUUAUAUUUUAGCAGCACUUGUUUCCCUUAAAGUUAAAUAUAUGUAUUGGAGAAAAUGGAGUUUACAGCAAAUUGUGAUGAAUAUUUAAUAAGAUAUAAAAUGCAUUUACUUUAAAUUUUAGAAAUGGAUCUUUGCACUGAAGGGAGGAUUGAAGGUUGUUGAAUAAUCUGAUGACUACUCAUUUAUCUCUUUUCUGCACGUCGAACACAACGGGGACCUUUUGUUUGUUUCUCGUGUUGCAUGUGAAAACAUCAUCAUGUUUUUAUCCUGUUCUGUGCGUCAGUGAAGUCAACAAACACGCUGGUUUGGCUUCAGGCUGCCUCACAUACACUGUACGUCUGGACCUGCUGUUAUUGGCUCUGCCUCAACUUCUUUUUCUAUUCAGUAUGUUCUGGAAAUGUUUCCAAGCCUCGUGUCGACAUAUGUUGUUUUAUGUGCUGCUUUUUUCCCCUGAUUGUGCAAUGCAUGAGAACUCAUUCUUUUCCUGUAGCCACUUUGGCAGACUCUCCUACCUUAAUCAUAUUCUGUCGUUUGUUGUUUCUAUGAAAACUGUGCGCCUCGUGUAUCCAUUACAUGUUAUUAUUGUUUUGUCUUGGUGCUUUGUCCAGAACUAUUUGCAUUUUCUCAUUAAAAUCCAAACGGACCCACA